AGGUGUUCCUCUAACCAAUGAAAAUGUUGGAGAUUUGCCUGAAAUUAGUCGGUUGCAAGUCAAAAAAAGGGCUGUCCUCCUCUUCCAGCUGCUAUUUGGAAGAAGCGCUUCAACGGCCCGUGGCCUCCGAGUUCGAGCCCCAGAGUCUGAGCGAGGCCGCCCGCUGGAAUUCCAAGGAAAAUCUCCUUUGUGCUCCGGGCGAAAAUGAUCCGAAUCUUUUUGUGGCCUUGUACGAUUUCGUAGCCAGCGGGGACAACACACUCAGCAUCACUAAAGGGGAAAAACUUCGAGUCUUGGGUUACAACCACAAUGGAGAAUGGUGCGAAGCCCAGACGAAGAACGGGCAAGGAUGGGUCCCCAGCAACUACAUCACCCCUGUGAACAGCUUGGAAAAGCACUCAUGGUACCAUGGACCGGUGUCCCGCAAUGCGGCGGAGUAUCUGCUGAGCAGCGGGAUCAACGGCAGCUUUCUGGUACGGGAAAGCGAGAGCAGUCCUGGGCAGCGGUCCAUAUCCUUGAGAUACGAGGGGAGGGUCUACCACUACCGGAUCAACACCGCCUCGGAUGGGAAGCUUUACGUCUCUUCAGAAAGCCGCUUCAACACCUUGGCUGAGCUGGUCCACCACCACUCGACCGUGGCUGAUGGCCUGAUCAUCACUCUCCAUUAUCCUGCCCCAAAGAGGAACAAGCCCACCAUUUACGGCGUGUCCCCCAACUACGACAAGUGGGAGAUCGAACGGACGGACAUUACCAUGAAGCACAAACUGGGGGGUGGACAAUACGGGGAGGUGUACGAAGGCGUCUGGAAGAAGUACAAUCUCACCGUGGCGGUGAAGACCCUCAAGGAGGACACCAUGGAGGUAGAGGAAUUCUUGAAAGAAGCCGCCGUCAUGAAAGAAAUCAAGCAUCCAAAUUUGGUGCAAUUACUGGGGGUCUGCACGAGGGAGCCCCCGUUCUAUAUCAUCACCGAGUUCAUGACCUACGGGAAUUUGCUGGACUUCUUGCGGGAUUGCAGCCGGCAAGAGGUGAACGCGGUUGUGCUUCUCUACAUGGCCACCCAGAUUUCCUCUGCCAUGGAGUACCUGGAGAAGAAGAACUUCAUCCACAGAGAUCUCGCUGCCCGAAACUGCCUGGUGGGAGAGAAUCACCUGGUGAAGGUAGCUGAUUUUGGCUUAAGUAGGUUGAUGACUGGUGAUACGUACACCGCCCACGCUGGAGCUAAGUUCCCUAUCAAGUGGACUGCGCCGGAAAGCCUGGCUUAUAACAAAUUCUCCAUCAAAUCUGACGUCUGGGCUUUUGGUGUCUUGCUUUGGGAAAUCGCCACGUACGGCAUGUCCCCGUAUCCUGGGAUUGACCUGUCGCAAGUGUAUGAACUUUUGGAGAAGGACUAUCGCAUGGAGCGCUGGCAGUGGAGUGUUUCAGAGAGACCGUCCUUUGCCGAAAUCCAUCAAGCGUUUGAGACGAUGUUUCAAGAAUCCAGCAUUUCAGAUGAAGUGGAAAAAGAGCUGGGGAAGAAAACGGGGAGGAGUGUGGCCAACCCUUUUUUGCAAGCACCAGAGCUGCCCACGAAAACCAGGUCGUCUCGAAAGAUGGCUGAGUGGAAGGACGCCGAGAACUUGGAAGCGGUGCCUGUGAAGGGCCCGGCAGAAAGUGAAAGCACAGAACACGAACCAGCAGUGUCCCCUGUACUGCCGCGGAAAGAAAGGGCUGUUGCCGAUGGGAGUUUAAAUGAAGAUGACCGUUUGCUCCCGAAAGACAAAAAGACCAAUCUUUUCAGUGCUCUGAUCAAGAAGAAAAAGAAAACGGCCCCCACCCCUCCGAAGCGGAGCAGUUCGUUCCGGGAAGCGGAGGGCCACCUGGAGCAUAAAGGAGUCGGGGAGGACGAGACCAAAGAUAGCAGCAACGGGGUCUUGCUCACACAACCUGCUGAUCUAGAGGACCGUUCCAGGUUCCCCAACGCCAGCAACGAGGCAGCCGGAGUGGCCAAUGGGACUGGGAACUCCAAUUUGUUGACCCCAAAUGCUUGGAAAAAAUCGGGCUCCUCGGCCAAUAAUCGCCCGGGUCCCGGCGAAGAGGACGGUGGCAUGAUCUCCAGCAAGCGUUUCUUGCGCUCCUGCUCUGCCUCUUGCGUGCCCCACGGGGGCAGGGACACCGAGUGGAAGUCGGUCACCCUCCCUCGGAACCCACAGUCCAUGGGGCACCAGUUUGACUCGUCAACCUUUGGGGGCCACAAGAGCGAAAAGCCCGCCCUGCCUCGGAAACGAGCCAGCGAGGCAAAGGCUGAUCCAAUCAACCGGGGAAUGGUCACCUCGGGUCCUCGGUUGCUGAAGAAGAACGAGGAGACGCUGGAAGAGACUUCCAAAGAGGCCGUGAGCAGCCCAGGCUCCAGUCCGCCCACUCUUACCCCUAAACUCAGCCGGAGGCAGCCUUUGCUCCCUUCUGCUUGUGGGGGUCCAUCGACUGAGCAGACCACAGUGGGCAAAGCCACCCUGGGCUUCUUUGCUGGCAAAGGUCUGGGCGAGGAGUCCCGUCUACGCAAGAUGAAGCCGGCCCCAGAGAAGGAAAAAGGGAAGCUGUCGAAGCUCAAACCUGCCCCACCUCCUCCGGUCUUGAACUCGGGCAAAAAUAACAAGGUGGGUCUUGGGCCCAGCCACGAAGGACCUGAAGGGUCCCUGGCCAAGGGCAAGCAGACAGUAGUGGCUGCAGAGCCCCCCGUAAAUGCUGAGACUCCCAAGUCCAGUUUGUCCACAGAAGGAAGCAAAAAGGCAUUGAUGACCUCGGUACCAAAGUCUCCCUCAUCCGCCAAAUUGCUCUUGAUGGCCGGUUCUCCUUCUCCGUCACCUCCCACCAUCUCAUCCGCUCUUGCUGCAGAUCAGCCCACCUCCACAGCUUUCAUCCCUCUCAUCUCCACUCGGGUCUCCCUGAGGAAGACCCGCCAACCUCCGGAGAAGAUAGCGAGUGGUACCGUCACGAAGGGGACGGUCCUGGAGAGCUCUGAGACCCUACGGAACGCCAUCAGCAAGAACUCGGAACAGAUGGUCAGCCAUAGCGCCGUCCUGGAAGCAGGCAAGAACCUGUACACCUUCUGCGUCAGCUAUGUGGACUCCAUCCAGCAGAUGCGGAAUAAGUUUGCUUUCCGAGAGGCCAUCAACAAACUGGAGAACAAUCUCCGGGAGCUUCAGAUCUGCCCUGCCACAGCUGGUGGAGGUCCUGCCACCACCCCAGAUUUUAGCAAGUUGCUCAGCUCAGUCAAAGAAAUCAGCGAUAUUGUUCAGAGGUAGCAGAAGUGGGGAGGUAAUCGGUCACCCACUUUAGAUGGAGCUGACCCAAGACAUUUUGGUUCCCGGGACAGAAUAAUGGACCCCACACCUCAGAGAGACAACACACAGACUUAGCCAUGUGGAUUGUAUCUUAGUGAUCCUCUGGGGUUGUCCAAAACCAUUGACUUUGAGCAUUCCAGAUGUUGCUUUGAUUGGAUUGCUCUCACCCUCAGGAUAUGCUCAUCCUCUGCUCCUCACAAGCCACCUUGUGAAACAAGAACCCCUCCUCAUACACCUACCCGCCCCCAUUCCAUCUCUCUCGUCGGGAUUUUCCCUCCGUCUCAUUCUUAACUCUGGGAUGUCCAAGUCUGGUGAAGCUUAACUUGUCUUAACGUUGCAUCCUUUGGGACGUUCUAACUAAUGCUUGUUUGCUUGUAGGGUGAGCUUUGUGUGGAAAGUGGGACACCACUUGUCAAGACCAAAUUGAUUGCAGGGAUCUCUCUGGGUUGCUUCCUACUUAGCCCUCUUUGCACAUUGUCAGGUGCGAAAGAUCAGGUUCACACGUGAAGGUUCAAUUAAGCUACUCUAUUGCUGAAAGCCUCUGCGUAGGAAUCUUAGCGAAAGAUCAGCACCUGCUAGGAGUUAGAUAAGGGUUAGUGAAAUUCAAGGGAGGUGGGACCUAGUUAGUUUGUGGCUACAUAGGGAUUCUAGGCUGAUGCCUCUUUUCACUCCACCACCACCCCCAAGUUCUGCCACUCCUUCUCCUACGCGCAUGGGCGCAUUCUCCACCCCAUUCUCCCUCUAGCAUUUGUCUCUUGUACGCUGCAGCCUUCAGUCUGAAAUUAGGCAGGGCUCUUAUGAGGACCAACUGAAGCAUCUUUGGGGGAUAUUUGAUUCACUGCCUCCCUUACCCCGAGCAUCUCCAUCCGUAAACCUUUUUAAUUAUUAUUUUUCCCCUCACAAGCGAUGGUUAAACAAAUGUGGAUGCAGUCUUUGCUGGCAUGCUCAGUUUACCAGGCUGCCCUUGUGUCUUGUGCCGAGCCUAACGGGAAAAAAAAAUAUGAAACUGUGAUUUAAGCUUUGAAAUAAUGGAGGUGAAGGGGGAGAUACCCCUAAAUUCAGAGUGGGUUGAAUAUUUCCAAAGGGUACAAAUACUUUUGUGAAUAGUCUCUCUCCUUGUAAUAUAGACUAUGUUCAUAUCUCAGUAUUACACCUUUUGUAGACCCUCACUCUGUCUUCAGAUGUGUAAAUAGCUACAACUCUUUUUCUUAAUUUCUAUAAUACUCAACAGGGGAGGGAUUUCCGCCCUCCCCCUUCUUCAUCUCUAGCUUAUGUUUGCCAAAUCCAGGAGUUUUAAACGAUCUUUUCACCCAUUUUCCUUCUCCUUCUCCUUCUCUUCCUCCACUUUACGUGUGUUCUUUCAAAGGAUUCAAGAUGGUAUUUCUUAGUCUUUGGAUUU